AUGAUGCAGUCCUCUGAAGAUUUCUCGAGAGGCAGCAAGAGAAAAGCCGAAGAUGCAAUUUCCCAAUCUCCGAAGCGGAUCAAAGCUCUCGAUCAAGAUGUGGUCAACAAGAUUGCCGCCGGGGAGAUCAUCGUUGCACCUGUACAUGCCCUCAAAGAACUGAUCGAAAACGCAGUGGAUGCUGGAUCUACGGCUGUGGAGAUAGCUGUAAAAGAUGGUGGCUUGAAGCUAUUACAGAUCACAGAUAACGGCCACGGCAUUCAUCGAGAAGACUUAUCCAUUCUUUGCGAGCGAUUUACCACGUCCAAGUUGAAGACUUUUGAAGACUUGACGACUGUUGGCACGUACGGCUUUCGGGGCGAAGCGCUGGCUAGCAUCAGUCACAUCGCACACCUGACGAUCACGACGAAGACUGCAGACUCCAGUUGUGCAUGGCGAGCCCACUAUGGAGACGGUAAACUGGUACCAGCGAAGCCUGGUCAAAGCUCAGAUCCGAAGCCUACGGCUGGACGUGGUGGCACUCAGAUAACUGUCGAAGACCUGUUCUACAAUGUCCCAUCGAGGCAGCGAGCAUUCCGCUCACCCAGCGAAGAAUAUGCCAAAAUUCUGGAUGUGGUAGGUCGCUACGCAAUCCAUUGCUCUGGCGUGGCAUUGUCGUGCAAGAAGCAUGGCGAUGCCGCCAUGAGCAUUUCCACGCCAUCUAGUGCCAGCACAAUUGAGAGCAUCCGGCAAAUCCACGGGAGCACCAUAGCUAAUGAACUCCUCAAGUUUGACUGUAGUGACGAAAGGUGGGGCUUCGAGGCAAGUGGAUGGUCAAGCAAUGCCAAUUACCAUAUCAAGAAGACUACGCUUAUAUUGUUCAUUAAUCAUCGUUCCGUGGAAUCUUCGACGAUGAAGAAGGCUCUUGAGCAGACUUACUCGGCCUACCUACCGAAGGGCGGUCACCCAUUUAUAUACUUGAGCGUCAACGUCGACCCGCAACGCGUAGAUGUGAAUGUACACCCAACAAAACGCGAAGUGAACUUCCUGAAUGAGGACGAGAUUACGGAGAGCAUUUGUGCCUCGAUCCGCGAAAAAUUGGCUCAAGUAGAUACAAGUAGGACGUUCACAACGCAAUCUCUUUUGCCUCAUGGCAACCGGCCUUCCCUCCCGGCACAUACCAGAACGUCACAUCCGACUGCGAAUGCUACGCAAUCUCGGCAACCACCUGCUACACCUGUAAAACCGCACGAGAAUAAUCUCGUUCGGACAGACCCCAAUACGCGAAAGAUUACUUCUAUGCUUCCUCCUUCAAAUAAGAGCUUAGUUUCUUCAAGUCCGCUUCGGACGACGACCGGACCUGACUAUUUUCACUCGCCUCGAAUGCGCACUGAAUGCCGCCUUUCCUCAAUCAAAACUCUGCGAGCGGCUGUUCGUAACGACAUGCACGCUUCGCUGACCGAGACUUUUGCGUGUCUUACAUACGUUGGCUUGGUAGAUCCAUACCGCCGACUUGCCGCCAUCCAAAGCGGCGUCAAGCUCUUUCUGGUAGACUAUGGGCUCGUGAGCACAGAAUACUUCUAUCAACUUGGCUUGGCUGAUUUUGGGAAUUUUGGGACCAUCGUUUUUGAGAAGCCUCUAGACAUCCGGGCUCUGAUACGUGCCGGGGUUGAACAUGAGCAGGGAAAUUCAAAGGGUAAUGUAGAAGUGGAAUGGGACAGGGUGCCCGAUACUGUGACUCGCCAACUAUUGUCACGCAAGAAAAUGUUAGCGGAAUAUUUCAAUCUUGAAAUAAGUCUGGAAGGCGAGCUCUUGAGUCUGCCUCUACUGCUGAAGGCUUACACGCCUUCUUUGGCAAGGCUCCCACGAUUCUUGAUGCGUUUGGGGCCAUGCGUUGAAUGGGAUGAUGAAACAGGUUGUUUUCAGACAUUUUUAAGGGAAUUGGCGAGGUUUUACGCUAUGGAGCAAUUACCGCCAUACUCGACGAUGAAAGUCGGGAAAGAAAGUGAAAGCCUAGACACAGUAAUGGCGGAUCACGACGGUGGUCAAGCUGUUGGAAAUGAAGAGGAGAUGGUGCAGGAGCAAGCGAUGGCAGUCAAACGGACAGAGAUGGAGCGGACUCUGGAGCACGUUUUUUUCCCGGCCUUGAGGGCACGAUUGGUCGCGACUCGAGGCCUCCUAAAAGGCGUUGUUGAGGUGGCAGAUCUUAAGGGGUUAUAUCGGGUAUUUGAACGUUGCUGA